AUGGAGCAGAAAUCCCCAAAAGCUGAUGGCACCGCUAAAGGACAGGAGUCUCUGUCCUACCAGCGGAGGAUGUGGAAGAAUUUCCAGGGGAAAACCAAGCCAUGGCUCAGUCCUAAACUGGGAUCGGAACGUCGCGGAGCCGGGGGCGCGGAGGGCAGCAAGAAGGAAUCUGGUCUGUGGAUGUUUAAGAGGAAAAAGAAACAGCUGGACCGGGUGUUUUCGUCGUCACAACCGAACCUAUGCUGCUCAACGCCGGCUCCUUUUGGAGGAGACAAGUCUGCUGGAGGCGAGGAUGCCCCGGGCAGGAGCUCGGACGGGCAAACUCUGCUGCAGCCCCUUGGUCCAGCUUCUGGAGCCACGGGGAGCAAACCAGAGCUGACCACGGCCCAUGGAAGCCCCAAACUCCAGAUAUCCCAGUUGGUGAUGAACCAGCAGAAGAGCUCAUCUCUCGGCUCGGCGUGUUUCGAGAGACUGGUGGUGGAUCCUAACGUUGUGGGGGGAGAGGAGGAGCAGCUGCGUAAAAACGCAAGCGAUACUGGCAUCAACAUAGUGGGACCUAGUAAUGCAGAGCUUCUGCCUCAACCAUCUUUUCCAGCCAUGUACCAGUUGGAUAUUGUCCUAAAGAAAGGGAAAAACCUCGCCAUAAGAGAUCGAACAGGGACCAGUGAUCCAUAUGUGAAGUUUAAAAUAGCAGGGAAAGAAGUAUUCAGAAGCAAGACCAUCCAUAAAAACCUCAACCCAGUGUGGGAUGAGAGAGUAAGUCUUCUGGUGGAAACCCUGAAGGACCCACUAUAUGUAAAGGUCUUUGACUAUGACUUUGGACUUCAGGAUGAUUUCAUGGGCUCGGCGUAUCUCCAUCUGGAGUCACUGGAACAUCGGAGGACCCUGGAUGUCACGCUGGAUCUGAAGGAUCCACAGUACCCUGACCAUAACCUGGGGAGCCUGGAUCUGGCUGUCACUCUGUCACCGAAGGAGGGGGACAUGAAGGAUGCUACCAUGCUUUUGAGAAGGAACUGGAAACGAUCUAGUAAGUGUCAGAGUAUGCGCCUGUCAGAUGUGCACAGAAAAGCCCAGCUGUGGAGAGGUAUAGUCAGCAUUAGUCUGAUAGAAGGUCGCAGCCUGCAGCCAAUGGAUGCCAACGGCUUAAGUGAUCCUUACGUCAAAUUCAGAAUGGGCCACCAAAAAUACAAGAGCAAGACAAUCCCCAAAACACUGAACCCCCAGUGGAGGGAACAGUUCGACUUCCACCUGUAUGAGGAGCAGGGAGGUUAUGUUGACAUCACGGUUUGGGAUAAAGAUGCUGGCAAGAAAGAUGACUUCAUGGGAAGGUGUACAAUUGAUCUGUCACUGCUCAGUAAAGAACAAACUUACAAGUUAGACCUGCCGCUGGAGGAGGGUGACGGUGUUCUGGUGCUGCUGGUUACACUCACUGCCUCUGCCGCUGUCUCAAUCUCGGACUUGUCCGUCAACAUGCUGGAUGAUCCGCAGGAGAGGCAUCAGAUCGUACAAAGAUAUAGCCUCUGGAGGUCGUUCCACAACUUGAAAGAUGUGGGUGUUGUGCAGGUUAAGGUCAUCAGGGCUGAGGGACUCAUGGCUGCUGAUGUCACAGGUAAGAGUGAUCCAUUUUGUGUGGUGGAGCUCAGUAACGAUCGGCUGCAGACACACACUGUCUACAAAAAUCUCAACCCAGAGUGGAACAAGGUCUUCACUUUUAAUGUGAAAGACAUCCACUCUGUACUUGAGGUCUCUGUGUACGACGAGGACCGAGACAGAAGCGCAGACUUCCUGGGGAAGGUGGCUAUCCCUUUACUAAAUAUCCAAAAUGGAGAACGCAAAGCCUACGCCUUGAAAAGCAAGGAGCUGACAGGGCCAACAAAAGGGGUCAUCUUUCUCGAAAUAGACGUGAUUUUUAAUGCUGUGAAGGCAGGUCUCAGGACUUUGACUCCCACAGAACAAAAGUAUAUUGAGGAGGAGCCCAGAGUGUCCAAACAGUUACUUUUACGCAACUUCAACCGAGUUAGACGCUGCAUCAUGUUCCUAAUCAACACAGGCUGCUACAUCAACAGCUGCUUUGAAUGGGAGUCUCCACAGAGGAGCAUCUGUGCUUUUGUGAUUUUUGUCAUUGUGGUGUGGAACUUUGAACUUUACAUGAUUCCUCUGACUUUGUUGAUGCCGUUGGUCUGGAACUACAUUCUCAUCGCAUCUGGGAAGGAUACGAGACAAGACGUGCAAGCAAUGGAGGACCUGCUGGAGGAUGAAGAUGAGGAUUUUGACAAAGAUGACAAGGACCGUAAACCAGGCCCAUGGGAGGACAGUCGAGAUAAAAACCAUAUCCUCGAGGAUAUGUUGGCUUCCUGGCACUUUGAGUGGAUACGAGCGAUGGUGGACUCAGAGAGAAAGGGCUUCAUGAACAAGCUUUAUGCCAUUCAGGACGUGUGCAUCAGCGUACAGAAUGCACUGGAUGAAGUGGCCUCCUAUGGCGAAAGGAUAAAGAACACAUUUAACUGGACUGUGCCUUUCUUAAGCUGGCUGGCGAUAGUGGCCCUCGGAGUUUCCACCACCAUCAUCUAUUUCAUCCCUCUUAGAUUCAUUGUGUUGGCCUGGGGGGUAAAUAAAUUCACCAAGAAGCUGCGAGACCCUUACACCAUCGAUAACAACGAGCUGCUGGAUUUUCUUUCCAGAGUGCCCUCAGAUGUACAAGUGGUGCAGUACAGAGAGCUGAAACUGGAUCCCAAUCCCAGUCCAAAUAAAAGGAAGAAAAACAACCCCGGGUAGAUCACCGCAUCCCUCCGCUGAUUCAUCUCUUCUUCACGGUUCUCCUGUUGGUCUACUGCUGGACACCAAGGGGCAGAGGAAGGCUGCUCUUCAGCAACUUUCCCCUUUUGUUAA